AUGGCUCUGGACGAGACUCCUCCGUUGCCUUUCCCUACAUCGGGACCUUUGGAUCCAUAUGUCAAUUAUCUGAAAGGUUACCUCACAAAGCUGGGCCGCUACGAUCAAGGUGAUCAGUCCCUGGCCAAAGCCAUCCAACAAGGUCUCGACGAAGGAAUUGAACAAUUGACAGCAUGGAACAUCACAAGUGCCGAUAACUUUAUGUAUUAUGCCAACUACCUACUUACCAGCUGGAUUCCGACCGAGAUACAUGACAGUCGUUUCAUCUAUCAGGUUCUCACCGUCUUCUACUACAUAUUUGAUCGACCGGCCCUCUGCGAUCUUCAAACGCAGAUCUGUCCAGAGUCGAUUGAAGGCGACAUGCCUAAAAUGAGACCACUCUCUGACUGGGUAGUUGGCUAUGCUAGACGGAUGGGGUCAUGGCUGAACACUUCUGCUUCCAUCACAAAAGACUCGUACAAGACUUUCCUCGACGCCAGCAAAUACAGGAUGAGCAACCCGUGCGACUACCAUAUUCCCGACCCUGGUUCAGACACUGGGGGCUUCAAAAGUUUCAACCAGUUUUUCUGUCGUUUCCUCAAAGAACCCCAUUCCAGUGUCCGGCCUAUUGACAAAGACAUCAAUACUGUGGUCUUCCCUGCGGAUUCAACCUUCGACAAUGCAUGGCCGAUUGACAAUGAUCUCAAUGUGGACAUUCUAGACCCGGAUGCACCUCCAUCAUACAUGGAUACAGGGAAUGUGGUUGACAUCAAGCUUGUCAAAUGGCCACUUUCAGCCUUGCUUGCAGGCUCUGCGUACACGGCGACAUUCAAGGGUGGCACGUGGGCUCACGUCUUCCUCAACACCUUCGACUACCACCGACAGCAUGCUCCAGUGUCGGGGACAGUGAAGGAAGCAUUCCUCGUCGAGGGCUGCGCAUACCUGCAAGUCGAAGCGGAAGUUGGGGACGAUGGCAAAAAAAGGCUACAGCCAAGACGAGGCUUUUCGUCAGCUGUUCAAGCCGGGAAAGCGGUCACUGCCCAGCCGUCUGCCCCCGAUGGUGCCGGGUAUCAGUUCAUCCAACAACGGGGCUGCAUCGUGAUUGAUACAACUGGCUUUGCCAAUAUUGGGAUGGUGGCGGUCCUCCCCAUGGGGAUGGCUCAAGUCUCGUCCGUGAACCUGUCAAGGGGCUCGAAGGUUGGAAAUGUUGUCAAGAAAGGCGAGGAGAUUUCGUGGUUUGAGUUUGGUGGCUCUGAUCUGGUUCUGGUGUUUGAGGCUCAGGCAUAUGCCCACGAUUUCCCGCCUGUAAAUACAAGGCAGCAUCCUAGUCCUCACCAUCUCAUCGGCGAAAAGCUCUGCAGGGUUAGAGCAACUACCAAAUAA